AUGUAUUCAGGAAGGUCUACCCGUUCGAAUAACGGUCAGACCAACGUUAACAAGCCGUUUAAAUCGCCCGUUACCUCGAAUACACCUAGAAAAAAAAAGCCUGAUAUAUUCCAAGGACUAUUGGAUGACAUUGAAGAUAGCGACGAAGAAGAUGAUGAAGAGGAACCCAACGAAGUGAUAGAUCUCAUAAGCCCCGAGAAGGCCAAAGUCUCUGUCUUGGAUCCCGAACAUAACGAUCACAUAUCACUUGGAAAAGAAGAAGCAGACGACGAUGAAAUCGAAGAAAUAGAGCAAAUGGAAGAGAAGAUAUCGAGGAGAACAGCCACACCCGGGAAGAAGGGAAAGUUUACUACACGUCAGCAGAGGGAAACUUCACAGUACCUGGAAAGGAGAAAGACAGAGCGUGAAUCAGCCACUGCAGGGACCAAAACGGGAACACUUAGGAUCCCAGCAGCUGCCGAAGCACUACUGAGGCAUAUCGAAAAGAACGACCCAGCGAAACUAGAGAUGGAAAUCCCUAAACCAACCCCGCAGAAGAGCAUUAGGGAGAGAUACAAUGGCCUUCUCAGAAGCAAUGGCGUGAACCUACAACCAAGGCUUAUAUCGCUCCUGGAUGACCAAUUCGAUAAGGAUGAGCCUAAUUCCGGUUCUGGCUCGGAUUCAGACGGCUCACUGUUGUCGACUUCUAGUAAGAAAAGAAAGCGUCUAUCUAGUGACUCUGAUUCCACGCCAAAGAAAACCGAAGCUUCGGGAGUUACAAAACAGAAAAAGAAAGCAAAACAAGGGCUCAAGUACCGAUGCCCGAUGUGCAAAGAGGAGGUAUCGAAACAACUUUACGAAUCCUAUCUCCCCGACCUGGAAAAGAAAUAUAAGAUUGAUCUUAGACGGAAGUUCCACAAAUCACACAAGUUGGCAAAGGUGCACAAGAAAGUUAGCGAGUUGGAUAUUCCAGAGAUAGAUUGGGACACUCUUGAGGACCGAUGCAAAGAACACUUCCCAUGUUUGUCUGACAUUAUGACUCGCAAGACAGAGAGUCAUUACCGGGACCUCUCCGAAAAGUUUUAUACGAAAAAGCGAAAUGAUCAUAAGGGUAGAACGGAGGCAUUGUUUGACGAUGGGGAUUGGGAAAAGACUUACCCUGGUUACUACGGUCCUCGUGGUAGUGAAAUAAUUGGCGACGCAAUCAGCAAUAACAAGCUGAUAAACACAGCUUUAAAGAAACUGAGUGCAAAAAAAGAUAUCACAACCCUACGUGGUGGCGCUGGAGCCUAUAUUCAGCGGAUUCUGAUUCCAGAAGUUGGAAUUCGAUUGAUAAUGGAGGAUUUCCGAAUGGCCGACGAUGAGAUGGACAAAGCGCGCGAGUUGAUGCAAAAUACCAUUGACAUUGGGUUACUCCUGAACCAUGGGGAAGAAGAUGGUGAUUUAAUGGGUGUGGACGAUGGAAUGGAAUGGUGGUGGAAAGAACGAGAAGCUCAACGUUUACAAGAAGAAGAGACCGAACCAUCCCAGUCCCAGACUUCGAUUUAUAUUGAAGCAUCUGAUGAUGAAAACUCUUAA